ACCGCUAAGAGGCGCCCUCCAUUUUGUUUAGCUGCGAGGCGCGUCGUUUCUGGGAAGAAAGGAAGGAAGGAAGGGCGGGCAAUCAUUUUUAAAAGGAACCGUUCGGUCUUUGGCGGGAAGUGGGCAGCCCAAAUGGUGUCUCUUUACCGGCAGAGGUGGAAGGAGGAAGCCCUUCAGACAGAGAAAGAGAAGCCCACCGACCUGCAGUGAUGAAUGGGACUCUGAUUGCUGGCACACCCAUUGCAGUGGAUUUCUGGAAUAUCAGAAAAGCUGGUCAGGCUCGCUUGUUCUUUCUCUCUCACAUGCACACCGACCAUACAGUUGGGCUCUCGAGCACUUGGAACCAGCCUAUUUAUUGCUCUCCUGUUACUGGCCAAAUCCUGCAUCUCAAGCUGAAGGUGGCUGUUCAAUGGAUCCAUCCUCUGGAAGUGGGAGAGAGUCAUGUCUUGGCCUUGGAUGACAUUGGCAAAGAGACUAUGACAGUGACAUUGAUAGAUGCUAAUCACUGUCCUGGAUCUGUCAUGUUCCUUUUUGAAGGCUAUUUUGGAGUCAUCCUAUACACAGGUGAUUUCCGCUACUCUCCAAACAUGCAGCAGGAGGUGGCUCUGAAAAAUACAAAACUUAUCAACACCCUCUACUUGGACAACACCAACUGCCAUCCCAAGACUGUUUUACCAACCAGAGAACAGGCCACUGAGCAGAUCAAAAAGGUGAUUAGGGACCACCCCUUUCACCUGGUUAAAAUUGGUACCUACAGUUUGGGAAAGGAAUCACUCUUGGUAGAACUGGCCCAUGAAUUCCAAACUUGGAUUGUAGUCAGUCCCCAGAGACUGGAACUAAUGCAGCUGCUGGAAUUGGAGAAUGUGUUCAUCUCUGAGGAAGGGGCUGGUAGGAUUCAUGCUGUAGAUUUUUCAGAAAUUCGCCAAGCAACUAUGAUCAGCUGGAACCAGAACCAUCCAACUAUAGCUAUUCUCCCCACCAGCCGACCAGUGAAGAUCGACCACCCUGAUGCCUAUGUGGUUCCCUAUUCAGACCAUUCCUCUUUCCAAGAGUUGCUGGAGUUCGUAGCUUGGCUAAAGCCUUGUUCCAUAAUACCAGUGGUAAAAAGUGAGGCAUGCCAAAUGUAUUUCCAGCAAUAUUUGAGUCCUGGGAAUUGCUCAGUUAUGGAGUCUAAAGUCCCUGCAUCAGUGACAAGAUUCAUGCAAAGCAGCAAGGAGUGGGAAAGGCCCUUCAAGUUGCAAAAACAGAUUACCAGUCGCCAUGUGCCCAGGGGAGUUUUGUUUGAAUCCCUAGAGGAACAUACUAGUUGCUCUGAAAAUGACUGCAGUGUAGAAAUUUCCCAGGAAAGCUGCCCACAGCCUGUGAAAAAAUCUGUGCCUUACUGUAAAGAAGGGCAUGUUGGGCACUCCCUGUGUGAGGAGGAACAAGAAAAAGCAGCGGCAGAACCAAAAAACCUUAAAAGCCAGCAGGAACCUUUACCAAUACAGUCUGGUCGUGUAACAUCCACACAUCAGCAAGAGAACUUCAACCAGUUUCAAAAAUGUCAGACAGCUGCAGCAUCAACACACUUGCACACUUUAUCAUGGUCCAAGAGGGAUGCCCAUUCUGCACUCGGACAGUUCCCUGCUUUUUCUGCAGGCAGUGAUAAACUCUGCCAGUUGGUCACAGAAAAUCAUGUUCCCUCAACAUAUGCUGUUCAGAGUAAUGCCGAGGACAAAUUCACAUCACCAAAGGAUGUAGCUUUCCAGUCUGUGAAUGAGCAGUCUUCACAAAACCUUCUUCUGGAAUAUGAUUUGUCUCCACUGAACACACCAAAGCAACGAUCCCUACAUGACUUUGACUGCCAGGUUGAAAACUACAUAAAUAGAGAGAAAAGACCCACAUACAUGGAGCAAUACACCCUUGUGUUUAGAUACAAAUAUCUGGUAAAAGCAAAGCUAAACUAACCAAGUCCCAGGAACAAAUAAUCACAGAACAAUCUUAGUGUUAGGUUUGUCAAGUAGGAUUUAUAAGAUUAUUCCACUCCUUAGUUGUUUAUGAAAAUAAAUCUCACCUUACUAAUUAUUGAGUAGAUAAGAUGGAUCUGCAGAAUGGUUGGUUUGUGUCAAGCAGCCCUUAAGAAAUUUCAUCCAGUCCUUUGGGAAUACACACCAACAAGUCUCAAAGAUGUAGUUUCACCUUUUCUGUUUAUUAUCUUAUUGAAAGGGAAAUUUAUCCACUUUCUAAGUUUAUUAAACACUAUGAAACAAUA